UAUUCACGGCAUUUGGCAACUAAUCGCGUCACGGGAACCGAGCUGGUUCAAAAGCUGGUUCAGGUGGACAGCGAGUUUACUUCCUAUGUUAUUAUCCCUCAUGGCUCUCGUAUCUAGCAUCAUCGGUGUACAUGUCUCUGUUACUCAAGACUGGAUCACGUCGAAGAUUCUUCUUAACAGCACGGUCCCCAAUACGUUCAAGAUAUCCGCCGCUGCACUUGCGGAUAUAUACAUCAGUUUCGCUCUUUGCUGGACGCUGCGCAGCCGGAUGACGGGCUUCAAACGCACGGACAAUAUCCUCCAGAAGCUUGCUGUAUGCAUGAUCCAUCGCGGUGUUCUAACAACUGUGAUACAGAUUGCGUUGAUGGCAGCGUACCUGAACUCCAUAAAUCAAACCAAGAUGACCUGGGUCAUCUUUCACUGCGCAGGAGGCAAGAUCUACGUGAACUCGAUGAUGGCAGUUUUGAAUGCGCGCCAGCACCUCAAGAGCGGUGUGUCGCACAUAUCCGCCACUUUUACUUAGAAGACGACCGGUGUGCCCCCAGAAGUUGUGCGAACAGAGCACAAGCCUGUACUGUAGCGUAGCAGUAUACGUAUAACGAAUGUUUCUGUUGGUGCACAACUGCUCCAAG